GUGUAGAAAGUGUCCUUUUUGGCCUACCGCGCCGUGGGUGCCAGGAAACUGUUUGGUUGUUGUGACAUUUUGGCAACAUAAAACGCAAUGGCGCCACAGAUGACGCCAUUUUCGCUGCUCGACAAAAUGGCGACGACAAUGACGGUCCCAUCUAAACCGGAAAUACGCUGGCUCUGCCGAACGCUGCUGCUCUGCGUUUGCAUUGGCGCCGCCGCAUCUCGAGAUAUUCCAUCUUCGUCAGUCUAUGCACGUUCCGUCCAUGAUGAUGAUGAGGACGUUGCGUUCUAUUGCCCAGAGGAGGGUCUGUUCCCCGAUGACUAUGACUGUCGCAUCUACUAUCGCUGUGAAAAGCGGACGGAGUACUUCAUUCAACCUUACAUGUUUGCCUGCAAGGAGGGUACUGUCUUUUCGCGCACCCUUCAAUUGUGUCUGCCCCCGAUGUUGGCCGGACGUGGCGAGUGUGUAAACUACAUGAACGAGUACGAGCAGGAGAAUGAAAUAGAUGGAGAUGAGGUCAGCCAGCUGGCGUAUGAGGGGCUUGUCAAUAGCCCAAAUGGACACGGGACCAAUGUGGAAGCCGUCACACCCGCCGCCAUUGAACUAUACACCUAUGCCACUGAAAAUCAGUUGCCUGCUAACUAUGGAUUGACAGGAUUGACGGGUGUUUCAGUCAUAUCCUUUACGAGCUCAUCAUCAUCAUCUUUGCGUUCAGCUGGCGAUGAGACAGUCGCUUGCACCAAUGAUGGAUUUAUGAGUGAUCCUAAUGAUUGCACCGUCUUCUAUCGCUGUAUCUCGAAUGGACGCGGAUAUAAUCAAAUCGGAUUUCGUUGCUCUGAUGGCACUGCUUGGGACGAAUCCCUUCAGUCGUGCAAUCAUAUAUCUAAUGUUCGCUCGAAUGGCGGAUGUCGCAAGCAGUCCGAUCCUCUGAGCGAUAACUAUGCAGAUCAAUCAUCUACGCAAUCAUCACAAUCAAGCUAUCAGAAUACAACCUCAUCUUCGUCCUCAUCUAGCAGUCAGCAGAGCUCCUCAACAAGCUCCUCAAUGUCAUCGUCUUCUAAUUCCACCCACUCAUCUACAAGCUCGUCAAACCAAUCGAGCUCAAAUCAUGAGUCAUCCACAUCAAGUAGUAAUCAACAGUCGAACAACUCGGAAAGUUCCUCAAGUCAAAAUUCAGGAGGCAACGAGUCCUCAAGCUCCAAUCAAAACUCCGGCAGCAAUCAGUCCUCUAGCAGUAAUCAAAAUGCCAAUAACAAUCAGAAUCAAACCUCUAAUAAUCAAGGCCAGAGCGAGAAUUCUUCCAGCAGUUCUCAAAACAAUCAGUCUUCCAAUAGCAACCAAAAUUCUGGAAGCAAUCAAUCUUCCAGCAGUAAUAACCAAAAUUCCGGAAGCAAUCAAUCUUCCAACAGUACUCAAAACAACCAGUCUUCUAAUAAUAACCAAAAUUCGGGAACCAAUCAAUCGUCUAGCAGUAAUCAAAGCAGCCAGUCUUCCAAUAAUAACCAAAAUUCUGGCAGCAAUGAAUCUUCCACUGCUUCCAAUAACCAAGAAAACCAGAAUGGCAAUAAACCAGAUCCUACAGAAUGUGUGGACGAGAAAACAUAUAUUCCCGAUAGAACUGAUUGUGCCAAAUUUUACAGAUGUAGGCUAAAUGACGAUGGAGUCUUGGAGCAGGUACCUUUUACAUGUGGACCUGGAACUAUAUGGAAUCAAGAGGAGAAAGUUUGCAUUCUUCCUGAUGACGAUCAAAAAAAACAAUGCAAUAUACAAUCGAGCUCUUCCACAAAUAAUGCUAAUCAAAAUGCUAACAACUCCAGUCAACAAUCUAGUGGCAGCACUGAAGGUUCUUCAACAAGUGGCAAUCAGUCUUCCAACAACAAUAGUAGCAAUCAAUCUAGCAGUCAGCAAGAAACAUCCACCUCAAGUAGCAACCAAUCUUCCAGCAGUCAACAAAACACUUCCUCAUCAAAUAAUUCAUCUUCAAACUCAGCAAACCAGUCUUCUAAUCAAUCCAGUAGUGAAAAUUCGUCUACUUCAAGCUCAACUGGUAGUCAGAAUUCUACCACAACUUCCAAGCCCUUGAAUCCUGAUGGAGAAUGUAAAGAUACGGAAACAUAUUUGUCUGACAAGAAGGAUUGCACAAUUUUCUAUCGAUGUGUAGAUAACGGCAGUGGUGGAUUUGAUAAAAUUUCAUUUGACUGUUCACCAGGUACUGUUUGGGAUCCUGACUCAAAGGGCUGUAACCAUCCAACAGAUGUGCAGAAGGAGCAAUGCAAAGCUAUGGCCGGUCAGGGAUCUUACAACCAAGGUUCAUCUUCCAAUCAAACUUCCUCUAGUCAGGGAUCGUCGUCUAAUCAAGGAUCGUCGUCCAACCAAGGAUCCUCAUCUAAUCAAGGAUCUUCUUCAAACCAAGGUUCCUCUUCCAAUCAAGGAUCUUCCUCCAACCAAGGAUCCUCAUCUAACCAAGGAUCUAUCUAAAGAGGAUCUCAUCUCAAGGAUCUCAACCAAGGAUCUCAUCACCAAGGAUCAUCCAACAACCAAGGAUCAUCAUCCAAUCAAGAAUCGUCAUCUAAUCAAGGAUCAUCAUCCAACCAAGAAUCGUCAUCUAACCAAGGCUCCUCAUCUAAUCAGGGAUCUUCAUCCAAUCAAGGAUCCUCUUCUAAUCAAGGCUCCUCAUCUAACCAAUCGACUCAAGGUUCAUCAUCUAAUCAAUCGACUCAAGGUUCAUCAUCUAACCAAGGAUCGUCAUCGAAUCAAGGAUCGUCGUCCACCCAGGGAUCAUCAUCUAACCAAGGAUCCUCUUCGAAUCAAAGUUCUUCCUCUAAUCAAGGGUCAUCCUCAAACCAGAAUCAGACAUCGUCCACUACUCAGAAACCAUUUAAGCCAGCGGAGAAAUGUGAAAGUGAAGAGACAUUUUUGGCUGACAACGAUAACUGCUCAAAGUUCUAUCGCUGUGUUGAUGAUGGCAAGGGUGGUUACAUGAAGGUUUCAUUUACUUGCCCACCGAACACAAUUUGGCAUCCCAAUGCCAAUAGCUGUGAUCAUCUUGCACAAGUUGAAAUGGAAAACUUAAAAUGUAAGCGGGUGAGCAGUCCCUCAACGAGCAACAAUAGCACAUCGAACAAUAAUCAACAAUCAACAACUACGACCUCGUCAUCGAACAGUGAAGAAACAACAUCGACCUCAACAUCUAAGCCAAGUAAUUCUGGAACCACCUCGACACCAAAACCAUCUGACAGCUGUCAAAUGAAUGGACAGUUUGUGGGUGAUGAGAGUGAUUGCGCCAAGUUCUAUCGCUGCGUCGAUAAUGACAGAGGAGGCUUUGGUCUAGUAGCUUUCUCUUGUGGCCCGGGAACUGUUUGGGAUGCUCAGAUCUUGGCCUGUAAUCAUAUCUGGGCCGUGAAAGAUAAAAACUGCAACAAUGCCGCGACAACGCAACGCCCAAUAAGUUCAAAUACAACGCCAAGUCAGGGAUCAAUGCAAGGCAAUACGCAAUCCCCAAGACCAACCACAUCUCCAUCUGCUGUACCGACUACACAGACACCUUCUUCUCAAGCCACAACUACAAGAAAGCCCUCAACUACAGUAAGUCCUGGCACACAACAGCCAAAUCAACCAGCUGGAAAUGGAGAUUGUAAAUCCGAGGGUUUCAUCGGCGAUCCAAACAACUGUGCCAAAUUUUAUCGUUGUAUUAGCAAUGGUAAAGGCGGCUUCGACCAGAUUCCCUUCCAUUGCGCUGCCGGAACUGUUUGGGAUCAGAGUUUACAAACCUGCAACCACGAUUUGAAUAAGUGUAAUCCUAACAAUCCUAACAGUGAUGGUAAUGCAACGACCGAAUCUGACAAGGGUCCUUGUGACAAUACAACGGUAGCUCCCAAUACAACAACUUCUCCAACUGAAAUCGGCACGGAUUCCACGACUAUAGCCCAACAACCUACAACGACUUUUACACCAACCACAACGGAUUCUCAACCUACAACCACAAUAGAGACAACGUCUUAUAGACCAACGACAACUGAAGCGGAACCUACAACGACUUUCAGACCAACCACAACCGAUUCUCAACCUACAACUACAAUGGGGCCUACGACUUUCAGACCAACCACAACGGAAUCUCAACCUACAACCAUGACAACCACUCAAAUGUCAACAAGUGAGACAUAUCCUCCUACUACAACCAUGAUUCCUCCAACGACUACUACACCAGUGCCAAACUUACCACCAGGCACCGAAUGUACCGGAAAUGGAUUCAUGGCUGAUCCAAACAAUUGUCGCAAGUUCUAUCGCUGCGUAAACAACGGCGAUUCAUACUCAAAACAUGAAUUUAUGUGUGCUAAAAAUACUGCUUGGAACGAAGAUCUACAAACUUGCGAUCAUGUCGGAAAUGUUCCCCGUUGCUCGGGUCAAACUGAAGCUCCAACUACGAUCCAGCCCACUACAGAAUAUCCUCAACAGUCUACAACAGUAUCGAGUGAAGAUCCAACACACCCCACCACCACUGAAUAUCCAACUAAGCCAACGGAUUCUUCAAUGAAACCCACCACUACUGAGUAUCCCACAAAACCAACAGAUUUCACAACGCAACCCACCACUGAGUACCCAACAAAACCUACAGAUUCCACAAUAAAACCCAACACUGGAUAUCCUACGAAACCAACAGAUUCCACUAUGAAACCCAACACAAAGCCAACAGACUCUCCGAUGAAACCCACAACAACCGAGUAUCCAACGACCACAGAAAAUUAUCAAGAGCCAACAACAUCGAAACCAGGAUAUAACCCAACAACAUCGAUACCCGGAUAUAACCCAACAACUACCGAAUCACCGACAACAACAGAAGUCAGUUCCGGCACUACACUACAACCGGAAGUCAAUUUCAACUGCACAUCUGAAGGUUUCCACGCUGAUCCUCAGGAUUGCAGCAUUUAUUACCGAUGCACCAAGUACAACAACAGCUAUCAAGUCUAUAAAUUCCGUUGUCCUAAAGGCACUGUGUGGGAUUCAUCGGUUGAGACUUGCAACUAUGCAGAUCAAGUAACUUCUGGUAACUGCUCUUUUGGAGGUAGUGCAUCAACAACACCAAGCGGAAUAACUACACAAUGGACCGAAGCCCCAACAAGCACUAUGGAAACUGUGACAACUGUACGACCUGAAACUACAACUACAGUUCGACCUGAAACUACAACUACAGUUCGACCUGACACUACAACAACAGCUCUACCUGAAACUACAACUACAAUCCUGACCAGCAGCACAAUUAGACCUCUGGAAACGACAACUAAUGCUGAAAUAAUUGAAACCACAACGGAAGCCCAACCCCAAAAUUCGAAUAGCUCGAUUGUCCCAUGCCCAGAAGUUAGCGAGGAGCAAAGUUUGUUCGUCUGUCCUUCGGGAUUCCGUCGACAUCCCAAACAAUGCAGCAUGUUCUAUCAGUGCAAUGAAAAUGAGAAAUCGAAUCUGAAUAUUGUAAUGUUCCAAUGUCCCAACGGCACUGUUUACCACGAGAAAUCGUGUCGAUGUGGCAACCCUGAACCCAAUGAUAGCUGCAGCAAUAAAGGCUCCUCAAGGACGCAUACAUUUGAGGAAAAUCAUCAAACGAAUUUGGUGGAAAUCCAUUCGACAUCGCCACUUUGUCCGGAGGAGGGACACUUUGCACUGAACCAGAAUGAAUGCAGCCAGGUAUUCGUCAAGUGCAACUACUUCCAGCAGACAAAUCGCAUCGAGGGUCAAAUCUAUCGUUGUCCGCAAGGCUUUGCCUAUUGGAAUGUCAGCCGACGUUGUGAACCAACUCGAAAACUGACCAACUGCACCCCGGCUACUUACAGUGUAGGCGUGACAGACAGCGUGCCACUGGAGUGGGUCAACAUCGGUCACAGACGUCGCAGUCUGCGUAUCUAAGCACACUCUAGUGAUGUGAGAGCAAUCGAUUUCAAAUUUGAUAUUAAUAUCUUUAUAUAUAUGCAAAUUUUAAAAUGACCUGGAAAUGAUUUAAUCGGGUUUUGUACACGAAAUAAGCAUAUAUAUAUAUCUAUAUAAAGACUUUCCAAAGUCUGUAUAUCGCUGUAUCGAAUUGUUUUACAUCACUUAAACACAAACACACACACAUAAAAUUAGUUUUGUAACUAAAAGUAAAAGGCGAUGGAAUUGUUUGCUGCGCAAGCGCAUAGUUUUAACAAUCAACAAUAUCGCUUGCCCAGCAAAUGACAGAGCCAAAAAAUAUAAACUAGUUAUAAGUUUGUAGUGCAAUUACAAUAAGUAUAACAAGGGUUUCUUAGCAUUUCCGGUGUCGGUACUAGGCUUAUUGAAAUAUCAUUCAAUAGUAAAAAUCUGUGGAAUUAAUAACUAAUUUUAAUAGUUAUAUCAUCGAUAUUUUGUUUGCUAAACUAUCAAGUAAAAAUAAUAUUUAUAAAAAAAAUAACACGAACAAUUUAAAUUAUCA